CGCGCCGAUCGCAGCGACCCGCCGCGGCGCGACGCGGCAGCGUUUUCCAGGUUGCCUCGCGAAUGUGUCGUCCUGCUCGCCGUCACGGUCGUAUUUACCGUAGAGGAUGAACGUGAUCGCCAAGUCGACGGCCCUGUCGCCGUUCCUGCGGGCGACGGCGACCGCCGUCUCGAACGGCGGGCUGCCCGUGGCCGCGACCGGUAAGGUUCACAAGCCAAAGAUCGCCGUACCUCAGCCCGUCAAGCGGUCGCCCGGGCAGAGCUAUCAGGAUCUCCUCACUGGACCUACGUGCGUGAGCUCGGGAGUCGCAGUCAGUACGCAGGUGCAUCAGCGACGCUUGGCGCACACCGACAUUCAGUGGCCAGAUUUCUCCCACUAUCGCCAGGAUGAGGUGCAGGAUCCAAAUUCGAGGUCGCGGGACACUGCGCCGUCCCGAAAGGGUGUUUCCUACCUGAUCGCAGCUGGUGGCUCCGCGGUGGGUGUUUAUAGCGCGAAAGUAUUAGUGCACGACAUGGUUGGGAUGCUGAGCGCGUCGGCUGACGUGCUUGCCAUGUCGAAGAUCGAGAUAAAGCUCGGCAGCAUCCCGGAGGGCAAGAGCGCUGUCUUCAAGUGGCGCGGGAAGCCCCUGUUUGUACGACACAGAAUACAAUCGGAGAUCGCGACGGAGUCUAAGGUGGACGUCGCGAGUCUGCGCGACCCGGAAGAGGACAGCGUUCGCGUCAAGGACCCCAAGUGGCUGGUGGUGCUGGGCGUUUGCACGCACCUGGGAUGCGUGCCCAUCGCCAACGCGGGCGACUUCGGCGGUUACUACUGCCCGUGCCACGGGUCGCACUACGACGCCAGCGGUAGGAUCAGGAAAGGACCGGCGCCGUUGAACCUCGAGGUACCGCCGUACGAGUUCACCGAGGGCGGUAGCAUGCUCAUUGUUGGUUAAUGACUAUUCGAUACCUGUAGUCAAAUAAUAAAAUAAUUUAUGAGAUAAGGACGCUCCGUGGGCACCUCGCGCGCAGCACCCUGUUAAUAGCGGCGCGAAGAGAUCGGAGAAAUGUGUGGGUUUGUAUAUUUCUUCAGACUCAUUCUGGAGAGCCUUCGUUCGAACAUCGCCGGUGCAGCGCGACCGCGUUGUAACACAUACCUAAAAUAAAUGUUAAGUGAAAAUC